CUCGUGGCUACUUUAUACAUACCGACCUCAAAGUUAAACUAAGUACAACAUAGGGCAUAACAUGUGUCCUCGAGUGUGUCCUUCGUGCAUCUCUGCCCACGCCACGGUGCCUCCAAGAUCUAGGCAUGCGGGGAUUGUUUCUCCUUUCAUGCGUUUACUAGUACAGAAUUUUGCAGAUAAAGCUAGCUAAGUACUGUAACAACAGAAGAGCUUGCGUGUAUUCGAAGUACAAUGUUACCCAGCAGACCAUACGAGGUACAAAUAGCAAGGUACCAUAUAUCAGCCCCCGGCUGACGGUUAAUAGUGAGCAGAGAAGGUAUAGAGUCGGCAGUGCACGACCCCUAAAUAAGUACACCCGCAACUAUAAGCUCUACUUAUACAUGUCAGAUUUGAUAGCAUUUGAAGACCGAUUUCACUCCCCUUUCUUGCCUCUGAGCGUGACCAGUCCCAUACCUUCUUUUGCACAUGCACGUAGGAUCGGCUUCGCUUCCAAGCUGGUGCAGGAUGUCGGCCUGCAAUUGGAUCCCCACACUUGCAGGACGAAGCUCGGAUUAUCUAAAGGCCGAUAUGCCAACUAACAUGCCAGCCCACGCCGCACUGAAUUAAGAGAAACUUAUCUCUUUGGCCCUCCGUGGUCUGU